GCUUGUAGUUACGUGGUGGGGCUCUGCAGCGGCUUUGCCUUCUCACUCACCGACAGCAAGUUCGAUACAAAGGGGACCCUCCCGAGGGAAAACACUGGGAAGCUGCUGUUGUGCUGUCAUUGUGGGGACACCCCUCCCAUUCUGGGUAGAGCCCUGGAGAGUAAAGAGCUUUCUCUAAUUCCAGAUUGAUUAGGGAGGCCAAUCCUAGAUUGACCAGGCAGGGGAUUAGAAGGGCAGCCCAGUCAGCAGUUGUCUGAAUGCAUCGCAGGGCACUGGGCGGAAGGCUCUUUUGUGCCACAGAGCGAGGCGCAGACGGGUAAGGAAAUAUAACAGACAACAGGGACCCUCCGCCGUCUUGAGGUGAUUGUGGUACAGCACAAUUCUCUCUGCUCCUGAAGGGGCAGGACUCCGCCUAGGGGGAGUCCAGGGAGAAAACGCUUUAGGAGGCAGAGCAGUCUGUCUCAUUCAGGAUGGGCAGCCUGAGGCCAGAUAUGCAGUAGCCUAAAGGCUGUUAGAUGAGGAAGAAAACUCAUCCCAACAGACAAGGAACGAAGGCACCCGGCAGCUCUGGGAAGAGACAGAACAGCCGUGGGUGCGGCCAGCACCCACAAGAGGUGAGGUGGGAGAUCUGCGGACCGCUCCAGCAUGGAUGAAAUGUACUUGCUUAAUGUGGAAGGAGUCAAGAAAAAGAUUUUACAUGGAGGCCGUGGGGAGCUGCCGCAAUUCAAAGAUGGGAGCAAGCUCACGUUCCACUUUCAGACCCUGAAAGACAACUUUGAGCGCACUGUGAUCGACGACAGCCGGCAAGCUGGCAUCCCCAUGGAGAUCAUCGUGGGGAAGCUGUUCAAAAUCGAGGUGUGGGAGACCUUGCUAACCUCCAUGAGGAUCGGCGAGGUGGCGGAGUUCUGGUGCGACGCUGUUCACACAGGCAUGUACGCGCUGGUCUCCAAGGGCAUGCGGAGGAUCGCGGAGGGCAGGGACCCGCUGGAAGGGCAGAAGCACCGCUGCGGGAUGGGGAACAUGUUUGACUAUCACAGCACUGGCUAUGCGGACCUGGAUGAGCUGCAGAGGGCCCCCCAGCCCCUCAUCUUCAUCAUGGAGCUUUUCAAAGUGGACGACCCCUCGUCCUACAAGCGGGACACCUGGGCCAUGAGCAAAGAGGAGAAGCUGUCGGCUGUUCCUGUCUUGCACCGCGAGGGCAACCGGCUGGUCCUGCUCAAGAGGUACCAGGAGGCAGCAGCAAAGUACCAGGAAGCCGUCAUCUGCCUGCGGAACGUCCAGGCCAAGGAGAAGCCCUGGGCUGAAGACUGGCUGAGCCUGGAGCACCUCAUCACGCCCCUUGUGCUGAACUACUGCCAGUGCCAGCUGGAGCUGGGGGAGUACUACGAGGUCUUGGAGCACACCACCGACCUUCUCCAGAAGGACAACGAGAACGUGAAGGCUUAUUUCAAGCGUGCCAAGGCGCAUGCGGCCGUCUGGAACGAAGCGGAGGCCCGAGACGACUUCCUGAGGGUGGCUCAACUGGACCCGUCGCUGGCAGCGGCUGUGAAGAAAGAGCUGAGGCUGCUGGGGGAGCGGAUGAGAGAAAAACGCGUGGAAGAUCGGCAGCGCUACCAGGGCCUCUUCCAGCAGCCGCAGCUCCAAGGGGCCAAAGCAGGGAGGGGGCAGUGGGAAGGGGUUGGGAAUGCUGGAGCUGGCCGGCAGGAGGGAGGAGAUUGGGGGGAAGGUAGGGAAGAGACCAGGCUGGGAGCAGCAAGCUCCACAGCACAGGGGGAAGGACAAGACCAAGGCAGGUCUGGACCAGAGGGGGUCAUGGGAGAGGCAGGACUUGGGGAAGGGAACAUCCACCCAAAGGGGGAACGAGGCCUGCGGGAUUCUGGGGAAGACACAGGACUUGGGGGAGAAAGAGCAGAAAGAGGGGAGCCCGGGACAGGACCAGCCCAAGGGACGUCUGGGGUCGGGGGGGGGACGGAGGAGACAGGAGGGGGAGAAGAGAAGCGGGACGCAGAGUGGGGGGAGCCCGGGACAGGACCAGCCCAAGGGACGUCUGGGGUCGGGGGGGGGACGGAGGAGACAGGAGGGGGAGAAGAGAAGCGGGACGCAGAGUGGGGGGAGCCCGGGACAGGACCAGCCCAAGGGACGUCUGGGGUCGGGGGGGGGACGGAGGAGACAGGAGGGGGAGAAGAGAAGCGGGACGCAGAGUGGGGGGAGCCCGGGACAGGACCAGCCCAAGGGACGUCUGGGGUCGGGGGGGGGACGGAGGAGACAGGAGGGGGAGAAGAGAAGCGGGACGCAGAGUGGGGGGAGCCCGGGACAGGACCAGCCCAAGGGACGUCUGGGGUCGGGGGGGGGACGGAGGAGACAGGAGGGGGAGAAGAGAAGCGGGACGCAGAGUGGGGGGAGCCCGGGACAGGACCAGCCCAAGGGACGUCUGGGGUCGGGGGGGGGACGGAGGAGACAGGAGGGGGAGAAGAGAAGCGGGACGCAGAGUGGGGGGAGCCCGGGACAGGACCAGCCCAAGGGACGUCUGGGGUCGGGGGGGGGACGGAGGAGACAGGAGGGGGAGAAGAGAAGCGGGACGCAGAGUGGGGGGAGCCCGGGACAGGACCAGCCCAAGGGACGUCUGGGGUCGGGGGGGGGACGGAGGAGACAGGAGGGGGAGAAGAGAAGCGGGACGCAGAGUGGGGGGAGCCCGGGACAGGACCAGCCCAAGGGACGUCUGGGGUCGGGGGGGGGACGGAGGAGACAGGAGGGGGAGAAGAGAAGCGGGACGCAGAGUGGGGGGAGCCCGGGACAGGACCAGCCCAAGGGACGUCUGGGGUCGGGGGGGGGACGGAGGAGACAGGAGGGGGAGAAGAGAAGCGGGACGCAGAGUGGGGGGAGCCCGGGACAGGACCAGCCCAAGGGACGUCUGGGGUCGGGGGGGGGACGGAGGAGACAGGAGGGGGAGAAGAGAAGCGGGACGCAGAGUGGGGGGAGCCCGGGACAGGACCAGCCCAAGGGACGUCUGGGGUCGGGGGGGGGACGGAGGAGACAGGAGGGGGAGAAGAGAAGCGGGACGCAGAGUGGGGGGAGCCCGGGACAGGACCAGCCCAAGGGACGUCUGGGGUCGGGGGGGGGACGGAGGAGACAGGAGGGGGAGAAGAGAAGCGGGACGCAGAGUGGGGGGAGCCCGGGACAGGACCAGCCCAAGGGACGUCUGGGGUCGGGGGGGGGACGGAGGAGACAGGAGGGGGAGAAGAGAAGCGGGACGCAGAGUGGGGGGAGCCCGGGACAGGACCAGCCCAAGGGACGUCUGGGGUCGGGGGGGGGACGGAGGAGACAGGAGGGGGAGAAGAGAAGCGGGACGCAGAGUGGGGGGAGCCCGGGACAGGACCAGCCCAAGGGACGUCUGGGGUCGGGGGGGGGACGGAGGAGACAGGAGGGGGAGAAGAGAAGCGGGACGCAGAGUGGGGGGAGCCCGGGACAGGACCAGCCCAAGGGACGUCUGGGGUCGGGGGGGGGACGGAGGAGACAGGAGGGGGAGAAGAGAAGCGGGACGCAGAGUGGGGGGAGCCCGGGACAGGACCAGCCCAAGGGACGUCUGGGGUCGGGGGGGGGACGGAGGAGACAGGAGGGGGAGAAGAGAAGCGGGACGCAGAGUGGGGGGAGCCCGGGACAGGACCAGCCCAAGGGACGUCUGGAGCAGAUGGAGCAGGAGAAGGCCCAGCACGCGCAGGGGCAGAGGACCCAGGCCUGGGCGACGGAGGCUCCAGCGCAGAGAGGGAAGGCGCAAGCCAAGGCGAGCGUGAGGCAGCGUCUCAUCUCGUUCAAGGCCCAAAGGGGCCGCUGGAGCGAGGCGGGGGAGAGGAGCCUGCCCGCGAGGGCCACGGGGCAGCAGGCAGGGCACGGUGCGCAGAGGCAGAGGAAGAAGGGGGCAGGAAAGCAGGAGGACAAGCCAGCUCCAAUGCAGCGGAGCAGAGCUUGUGGGGAGGGGCAGGGCCGGGCGGAGAGGGCAGCAGGGCGCUGGGAGACGCCUGCUGAGACGUACAAGACGCUCCCUCGCCACUGCCCUGCAGGGAGGGCUGCACGGAGAGACACUGCUGCCGCUCGAUGGGGCCGGCUAGGAGAGGUGGGCGAAGGCUCCCAGCCUCUAGCAGGGUAGAGCCGGGCAGCCGAGAGCCCAGGGCGGGCAGGGCAAAGCUGGGAGCGGAGGCCACAGGGCCAGGCUGAGGUGGCGGUGGCCUAGUUGGGCCGCUCGGUGACUAGUUAGGCUGUGCCCUGCAGGAAGAGCCGGGGCUCAGCGUCUGGGCCCGGGCUCGAGCUCCGGGCCCCCGGCGGUAGGUCUGUAUUGUGCAGGCUUUCUCCCGAGCCCUGUCACGGCCGAGACACCAACGAAACGGGGAGCUGACAACCCACCCCAGCCACGGGAGCCGACUUCGAAUUCAUCCACCCGACGCCGUGGGCGCCCGCUCUCCCAGCCAGCCCCUGCGGGGCGCAGGAGCCGGCGCUCACCCCGGGCCGAGGCCGCAGCGCUAGCCCCUGGCCCGUGUGCUGCGGCUGUGUGAGCUCGCUCAGAAAUAAAGUGCGUCCCUGGCAAGGCUGUGGCAGGGUUCUUCUGGGCUGCGCCUAGUGU